AUGGGAGAAAGCGAUUUCCACUUUAUGGAGAUCUUGGAUGGGGAUAUGAAGAAGCUGGAAUACAACGGAAAUAUGGUCCAGUUCGUUUCCUUUGAAGAGUUAAGAAACAAGUCGUAUGAAGAGAUUGUGGAGUCGCUCCUCUUUGAAUUGCCGAGACAGUUUAUGGACUACAUGAAUGCGAAUAACUUGUCUCCUAAUACGAUUCGAGAUUCUUAG